GUUCUCAGAAAUAAAACGAUUGGUCGGCUCGUGUACCUCUAAGAGUCGCAACAGAGGGAAAUAUAAUUUUUUUUUUGCAAACGAUAAUUUUUACAGUUUACUUUUUGCUCUCUAAAUUCUAAUUAAAUGAAAAGACAAAGUUAGCGCAACAGAGCGCGCAUAAGAAAACGUCCUGCGCAUGUGUGGCCAAUGUUGUCAAAUAGAUCAGGUGUAAUAAUUUAUCAUUUUACCUGGCCGCGGCGCUAGCUUCGGACCACAAGAUUCAAGGUAAGAAGUCAAAAAGGAACUUCUUUUUCAACUGUUGACCCACUAAACCGGUUGAAAAAUACCUGGACUCAAUUGUGUCCUGGAGUUUCAAGUCAAAUUCACGUAAAGAUCAACAUUUGAGUCAGCUUGAAUAAAUUUAUCAACUUUCCUGACUCGGCUGUUCCAUCAAUCUAUUUUGGGAUAUUCUUAUAAAAAGUAUAUCAACGGGAAAUGAAAGAUAGUUUCCGGAAUUCUCUUCGCAUGACGAUAAUGUCGAUGUGGAGGCGGAAAUAUUUAUUGGUAUCUGGAUGUUUAGUAUGGGCCGUUUUCUACCUUUAUUUACAUUAUUCAACAGUUCCCGAAGAAGUUGGAUAUACAGCUGACGGAACUUCAGUAAAACACCCCAUUGAUGUCAAUUUCAUUGAACAUACGGCUAAAUUAGUCACUAAAGCUACAAAGCCACUAAAAAUAGAUAAUAAAAACCUGAAUAAGGACAAUCCUCCUCCUGUUCAGACAAUAACUUCUGGAAGUAUUCCUGAAUCUCAUUACAAAGGAAUGACCGAAGAAGAAAUACGUAUUCACCGCAUGAAUGAAGAGUUAGAGAAAAAGAAACACAGUCAAAAAUCUAUACGGGAGAAAUAUAUGGAACAGGGAAUAAAACCAACUUCAGUAUUGAUGAAAGCGAAAUACAAAUCUAUGCGUACUGAAAUACCAAAUAUUACCACAACGGAAAAACCACCACUGUAUAUCCCUCCCUUAAGAUUAGUGCAUUUUGAUUUGAAGGGUGCUCCUCCGAAAAUUACUUAUUUCAAAUCCAUCUUUCCUCUUAUUAGAAACGCUGGUGCUAACGGUAUUUUAAUGGAAUACGAAGAUACUUUUCCAUUUUGGGGUCCUCUUUCCUCUAUAGCUGCGUCGAAUGCUUAUACUAAGAAGCAAAUAAGAUACAUCUUAGAGCUAGCGAAAAAUAAUGAUCUUAUCAUUAUUCCACUGGUACAAACAUUUGGUCAUUUAGAAUUCGUUCUUAAACUUCCGGAAUUCAAGCAUCUUCGAGAAGUUGAAGAUAUUCCCCAAUCUUUAUGUCCAACCAAUAACGGCAGUUUAAACUUGGUAAAAAUUAUGAUUGGUCAAGUUAUGUCUCUGCAUACAGAUUCGCAAUGGCUUCAUAUAGGUAGUGAUGAAGUGUACCAAUUAGGUCAUUGUUCACGAUGCUCGAGAUAUGACAGAAAUAGUUUAUUUCUUGCCUACGUACGAAAAGUAUCUAGAUAUAUCCGAGAUACUCAUAAGGUGACUCCAAUAAUGUGGGAUGAUAUGCUAAGACACAUAACAGUUUCUGAAUUGGAGAAAUACGAGAUGGGGAAACUAGUUGAACCAAUGGCCUGGUCUUAUGUAGAAGAUGUUUAUUUAUUCCUACCAAAUAGUCUUUGGGAAAAAUACAGCCAAGUGUUUCCUUUUAUUUGGACUGCAAGUGCUUUUAAAGGUGCUUUCGGAGAAACUUUAACAGUCCCUGAUGCUAAAAGACAUUUAGAAAAUAAUAAAGCAUGGCUAAGCGUAAUGAGUGAACAAAAUAGUAGUUUUAGAGGCUUUAGAGGAAUUGCAAUAACAGGAUGGCAAAGAUACGAUCAUUUUGCUUCUCUGUGUGAGCUUUUGCCAGCGGCUAUUCCUUCUCUUUUGCUAAAUGUUAUUACUGUUUCACAAGGAGAGUUUACUAAAGAGGUAUUUCCACGCAUGCAAGAGCUUCUAGAAUGUUCGUCUCGCAUCCAUUACCAUUUAGAUUUAGAACAUGAUCCAAAUAUGUGGCGAGCUCUUGGUGUAUGCUUCUUUCCCGGUUCUGCUGUAUUUAGACUUACUCUUCGUCACAACGAUGUUGCCAAAUCUUUAGACAAAUAUAUAAAUGAUAUUACUGUUCAUAAGGGCUGGAUGACGGAAUAUAAUCGUAAUCAUAAUUUUUCCAGUCCAUUACGAGUGAAUGAGUUAUUGAGAGACUUUAGCUAUUAUAAUUCGUCUUUACAAAUGCUUCAAGAUGCUGCUGUGAAGGCUUUGAGAGAAAUAUAUGAAGAUGAUACAGUCUCAGAAUGGAUUGAACUGAACAUAUAUCCAUUUACAAAGAAAAUGAAGGAAAUAUGGAACCAUGGCUUAAGGCUGAAGAAAUAUCAAACAUGGCCACGAAGGCCACUCCCCAGAAUAAUAGAUUUACCUUCCCCACCAAAUAUAGACUUAAGUAUUAUGACUUCCUGAAAGGGGGUUAUUAUUAUUUAUUUAUGCCUUAAUGUGAUUGGACUUCUUAUUGUAUCAUUAUUGGUGAGAUCGUUGAAAAAAUCAAACAUGUAAUUAAGAACACAAACUUUAUGUAUGUUGAAGAGAAAAUAUAUAUAAUUACGUGACAAAUUGUAUUUAUCUAGGGUGCUCCGUAAUCACCUUCCUUAAUGCAUUUUUUUUUUAAAUCCUUGUCAAAAAUUUACACAUAUAUUGGAUCGUUUUUAUGUAAUUAUUGUUUAAGCGAUUAAAAAACAAAACGCUUCUCAAAAAUUGACAAAUCAGUUGAAAAAGUUAUGAAACAAAAUCGAUGGGGUACGAGGGUUCCAAAUCGGAGGUUUUAGUUGCGUAAAAGGGUGUUAUGCUCUCUGUGAUUCGUAUUAAAUGUGCAUGCUUCAAAUAAUUAUAUACGGGUGUCGAACUUGGGGCCUCCAUCAUAGAGGUGGAUGAUAUAUGUUCCAUUACUGACCUUUAGUCGUCUGACUGUCGCAUUCUGUGAUAACAGUUAUAAAAGAAAAAUAAUUUUCAAUAAUAAGAAAAUAAGCAAACUCUUAAAAUUAAACUGUUCAACAUUGUAACGUAACUGCUCAGCAGCUCAUAUUUUUAAUAAAUAUUUAAUUUAAAAAUUCUUUCGUUAAAAGUCACUCAAAAAUCUGACUAUUCAGGUCAUUUAUUAAAAGAAAUAUGAAUAAAUCUUCAUUUUUUUUCAAAAAUCAUUUUUAACCAGCUUUAUAGGAGAUAUAUUCCGCUGAAUCGUUAAAGAAAAAAGUGUGAUAAAAACGUAAAAUCCUGUUUGAUUGCUGGGAAAAUUUAUAAAAGGUAAAGAGUGAUUAUCAGAAAUGCCUCGAUAUUGCUUCUGGCAAUUAGUCUUAUUUUUAUAAUGCUUACACCAGCUUCCUUAAUAGGAAAUCAUCAAAUUUUGGAUUUUAAAAACAUGGAUUUAAGGCAGUGAUUACGGAAUAUUCUGUGUGUUGAAGAAAAAUCAAAUUUAAUCAAUUCUAUAAAGGAAUUUCAUAUCGAAAACAAAAGUAAAACGUAUAUUACACGUUUUAAAAAAAUCUAAUGUGCAUACACUACUUUUAUUAUCAUAUAACCAACCAAAAGAAAAAUGAUCCCAGCUCUUCUGCAAGUUUUGAUUUCGAUAUGGUUUUCCAAUUUGGCUUGACAAAUAAAGUAACUAAGAUAAAACAUCAAUAGAUUCAUGACUUCUAAUAAUUUUUAUCUAUAUAUCUUCAAAUCUUAAAGUAAAUGAACAAGCAUUGUUUGAAAACAUCAUAAAAUAUAGUUAAGACAUUGUCUCUAAUAAUUCUAUUUAUUAUAUAUCUUCAAAUCUUAUGAUAAGUUAACAGAUUAAAUCUUGUUUAAAAUAUUGUUUAAUAAUAUUGUUUAAUAAUAUCGUUUAAUAAAAAUUGUUUAAUAAUAUCGAAAAGCAUAAUUAAAAGCAUUAUGUUCAACUCUCAAAAUUCUCAUCUAAAUUUAUAAUACUUUUCAUGAUUAGUAAAAUUAGGUAAGAAGCAUAAGAAAAAUAUGUUGCAAAA